AUGGAGAACCGCAGGAGACGCUUCAAAAUCAUCUUUGUCUGGAUCCUGGGAGCUGCAACACUCUUCUUCAUGUACAUCAACAUUGACUGGGAUGACUCGAUGAGCAGGGAAACUGAAGUACAAUGGGAGGAUCCUGGGCCGUAUCAUGUGGCCUAUCCACGAAACUACAAGUUCAUCAUGGACGACACACCAACGUGUAAGUCCACGACUCCUUUCCUGGUUCUGAUGGUUCCAGUUGCACCCCAUAAUGUGGAAGCUCGGGACAUCAUCCGGAAGACAUGGGGAAGUGAGAAGCUGGUUCUGGGUAAGCUGGUUGAGACUGUCUUCGUACUGGGCCUACCAGGGGGAGCUCAUGCUGAUAAACUGCAGGUGAAGCUUGAAGUGGAGAACCUUGAGUACCAUGACAUGAUCCAGGCUAACUUCCAGGACAGCUACCGCAACCUGACCAUCAAGACUAUGAUGAUGUUGGAGUGGCUGGCUGCAAACUGUGGCAAAGUUUCCUAUGCCACAAAAGUCGACGAUGAUAUCUUUCUGCAUGUCCAGAAUUUGGUUAAACUGUUGCUGAAGCCUGGGACGCCCAAACAAAACUUCUCGACAGGUUCAGUGUUGUGGCACAGCCCAACUAUGAGGGACACAAAUAACAAGUUCUACAUGCCGAGAGAUGUGUUUUCUAAGCCAGAGUACCCCCCAUAUGCUGAGGGCCUGGCCUACGUCAUGUCCAUGGACCUGCCUGCAAAGAUCCUGACAGUCGCUCCUCAGAUUAAACCUAUCUUUAUAGAAGACGCCUACUUGGGUAUGUGCCUAAAACGCCUGUCCAUUUCCCCCACCGACCAUCCUGAAAAGACGAUGUUUCUUGUAUACCCACCUCAUCCUCUCAGCAGCUGGCAACUUUCAAAAUUGAUCGCCACCACAACAUCAAGCAUGAAGGACAUUACACUUUACUGGCAGAUGACCAGAAAGCCAUCAGUGAAAUAG